UUUUUGAUGAUCAGAUUUUUAAGUAAAUUUGGUGCAUCUUAAUAAAAAAUGGUCACAUUCUUUUUUAAAAAUAAAGAUAAUUCCUUAACAAAAGUAACAACACCUAUUGGAUAAAAUUUAUUAUAAAUUGCACAUAAAAAUGAGAUUGAUUUAGAAGGUGCAUGUGAAUAAUCACUAGCAUGUUCUACUUGUCAUGUAAUAUUACCAAGUAAUAUAUAUUUUAUUGAUAUAGAAUAAUUAUAUGAUAAAGUGCCUUAACCUGUACCUGAAGAAGAAGAUCUAUUAGAUCUUGCUUAUGGAUUGACAGAAACCUCUAGGUUAGGAUGUUAAGUGAAGGUUGAUGAGAAAUUUGAAAAUGUUGUAAUAUCAUUACCAAAGGCUACAAGGAAUUUCUAUGUUGAUGGUCAUAAACCAAAACCUCAUUGAUUUAAUUAAAUUAUAUAUAUAAAUAUAUGUUAAAUAUAGACUACUUUAAUACAUUUAUUAGGCAGAAUAAUUGGUCAUAUUAAAAGAAUUAUAAAUAAAUUAUGUGACAUUGUCAAUCUAAAAUGGAUUUAUUCUCUUAAUUGUCAAUUUGGAUCUUAUAUCAUUAAACAAUAUAUUAGAUAUCACUUUCAAAAUCUACAAUUAUAAAAAAAGAGUAUUUUUGUUGAUGAUGUCUUUAUUAAACUUUGGAUUUAAUUCAUAUAAAAUAUUUUAACCUAUUUUUUUUAUUUAUCUAUCAUCUAUUUCACUUUUACAUUUUUUUAAUGAUUGA